UAGAUCAAAUAAACAGACAAACGAAAAUACAAAAAUGCUUUUCCGUAAUAAAAUUUCAUUGACAUUUUUGGCUAUUGUUGCCUUACAAAUGAUUUUGAUCCAAGAUCAAAUGACAGCUGUUAGUGCACGUAAAAAAUGGUUACGAAAAUUAUUGUUUCUUUGUACAUUGUUGAAUAAAAAAACAAAAAUCAUUCCAUUACCAUUGCCGUUGCCGAUCCCAAUUCCAUUGAGAAUUCAGAAAAAAGAUCAUGUUGAAGUUGUGGAAAAAAGUCCAACAUAUGUUCAUCAAACAUAUGAAGAUGUUUAUCCUGAACCAUAUCAUGGUGAUGGAUAUGGUGAUAGUUAUGGUGAUUCAUAUGCUGCUGCUUCAUCAAAUGGUGAUGAUGCUGUUUCACAUAUAUCACCAGAAUCAACAGAUGAUUAUGAAGAAUCACCAAGAAGUAAAAUUGUUUAUAAACCAUCAUCAUCAUCAUCAUCAAAAUCAGUAAGACGUAUUCGUUACAGUAAUAGAUCAUAAAUUGUCAAAUCAAAACCAAAAAAAAAAAAUUGAUGAAUCUCUCCUGGUGAAAGAUAAAAAAUAUAUUUAACCAAACAAA